AUGACUCCCGUUGGGGGCAAAGAAGCCCCGGGGCUUACCGUAGUUCAUGUAAAAACUGCCCCCACAACCAAAAACUGCCCCCAAACCAACAACAGUGCCACCAAAACCCCAAAAACUGCCACCACAACCAAAAACGGCGCCAACAAAACAACAAGGGGCCCCCAACCCAACAACAGUGCCAACACAACCAAAAACGUGCCCCCAAAAACCAAACCAGUGCCGCCCAAACCAAAACACGCCCCCACAACCAACAAAUCCCACCACACCAAAAACAGUGCCCCACCCCCAAACAUGCCACCAAAACCAACAACAUUCCACCACAGCCAACAACGUGCCCCACAACACACAGGGCCACCAAAACCCAAACACAUGCCCCACAACCAACAACUUCCACCACCCAAACAAGUGCCCCACACCAACAUGCCACACCCAACAACAGUGCCCCCAAAACCCAUACGGGGCACGACAGGGAAAAAUUUUACCAAAAUAUAA